AUGGUCUCGAUCUCCUGACCUUGUGAUCCGCCCGCCUUGGCCUCCCAAAGUGCUAGGAUUACAGGCUCGAGCCACCGUGCCUGGCUGGGGUUUGGAAUUUUAUUGUAAAGGAUUUGCAUUUCCUUGAUGAUAAAUCAUCUUUUAGAUCCCUUUUAAUUUUUAAGUUUAAUUUUUUGUUUAGAUGGAGUCUCACUAUGUUCCCCAAGCAGGUCUCAAAUUCCUGAGCUCAUGAGAUCCUCCUGCCUUGGCCUCUCAAAGUGCUGGGAUUACACGUGUGAGCCACCAUGCCUGGUCCAUAGAUCCUAUUGAUUCGUUUGUUGGUUGAUUGACUGACUGACUGACAGGAUCUCACUCUCACCCAGGCUGGAGUACAGUGAUGUGAUCUCCGCUCACUGCAGCCUUGGCCUUCUGAGCUCAAGCGAUCAUUCUGCCUCUGCCUCCCAAGUAGCUGGGACUACAGGCAUGUGCCACCAUGCCUGGCUAAUUUUUGUAUUUUUUGUAGAGAUGGGAUCUCACUAUGUUGCCCAGGCUGGUCUCAGACUCUUGGGCUGAAGUGAUCUGUCCGUCAUGGCCUCCCAAAGUGCUGGGAUUACAGGUGUGAGCUUCUGCGCCCAGCCAUAGAUCCCUUUUAAUUAACACUUCUGCUACUCCAAUUAUUUAGGAUCCUGGCUCACCAUAUGUUACUCUAAUCACUUUUUCUCUGUUGUUUGUAUUUACGUUUUACUUCACUGUCAGUAUUUUAUAGAUCAUAUCAGAAAACUCAAGAUUUAAAUAAAAUCAAAAGGUUUUAAUACAUUAAUUUGAAACAGGAAAAAUGUAAAUAAAGCAAGUGCAUAUUUUGAAAGCAAAGUUUUGAGUUAAAUUUAGGAAACAGGCAUUUAGGCUAGUGGCAAGAAAACUUACACGUUUUUUCUGUGUGUAAUUUGGAGGAAGGGAUGGAUUUUGUUCACAGUCAUUAUUUUUUUUUUUCAGGGUUUGUUAGGAGGCAAAAUCAUAAUUUUUUUUUUUACUGGCAGAUUGUUUAAAGGCUAGGUUCUGAAAUAAGACUGCAGGUUUGAAAACUAAGCAUUACCAGUUAUUGUAACCUUGGGCAAACUACUUAACCACUCUGAAUCUUAGUAUUCCCAUCUGUAAAAUGGCUAUAAUAAUAGUUUCUAUGUUUUAAAUUUAUGGUAUUAAAUGAGUGAAAACCUAGAGAGCUCUUGGCAUGGUACUUUGCACCUACCAAGUACUUAGUAAAACGUAAUAAUAUUUUGAUGGUACUGAUGAUACCCUGUUCUCUCUUCUAAACUGUGAUAUUGUAUCUUUACCUGCUAGGCAUUUUCUCUUUUUUUAAAAAAAAUUAUUUCAGUAGUUUUGGGGGUACAAGUGGUUUUUUGUUACAUGGAUGAAUUAUAAUACAUAGUGGUGAAUUCUGAGAUUUUAGUGCAGCUGUCACUGGAAUAGUGUACAUUGUACCUAAUAUGUAGUUUUUUAUCCCUUGUCCCUUCUCCCACCCUUUCCCUUCUUAGUCUCUGAAGUCCAUUUUAUCACUCUGUAUGCCUUUGCGUACUCAUCUGCUGGGCAUUUGCUCUUAUACCUUCCUACAUUACGUUAAACACACGUCUAAAAUCAAACCCCUCAUCCCACAUGAAGACCACCUUUUUUGUUGUGCAUAUGUGUUUUAAGUGUAGAUAUGGAGUAAGCAGCCAGAAUUUCUUUCAGUUACCAAAUAUCGACAGACACUUGAAAUAUCUCAGAGUUAAAAGUUGCAAAUUAUGUUAUUGGAAUUCUGAGAACAGUAUUGAUCGCUGCUUCAUGUUACACUAACUUUACUUUUUAAACUUCUGAAACGAUUUCAUUUGACAGGGCAGACCUUAAUUAAAUAUAUGUCCACAAGGAGAAUUGACUCUAAAUGUCCAGCAGGAUUUCAGAAACACAGUAAAUACCUUUCUUCUAUCUAUUCUGAUCUCCUUGCUCAUAGGGUCUCACAUAGAAUCUUUGGGGCAGCUGUCAGUUCUUCAUAUUUUCCAGCCCCAAUGCCCUUUUUAUAAAAUUGGGUAGCUGUUAAUACAUUGAUACUUGGGCGCACAGAGUUGGCACUCAAUAAGUAGCUGUUGAGUAAAUUAAUCAAAAGAAUUGCAAGAUACAAGAUACCUGGUCACUUCUAUCAAAGAGUUUAUAAAUCAAGUAUGAAUGACAAUACCUGAAACCACUUAAAAAAAUCUAUGUAAACAUUAUAUGUGACAUUUCAGGAUAAGAGGAACAACUAAUAUAUUUUGUACACAUUCAGUAAAUGGAGAGAAAGGUUUUUGGAGAUGAGGGGCUUGAGCCAGACCUUGUAUGUGUGCUAUUAGAAGCUUUCUGGGCUGGAUACAUUUAAAAACUGCCCUUUGAUACUAAUAGUAUUAAAAUUCUGUCUCCUUGGAAGCAGACUGCCUGUUGCUUUAGCUUUAAAAGAGAUUUAUAUCCAAGCAUCGCAUUAUGCAAGCCAUAGAAAGACUGUUUUAUGUGAAGAUGCACUGACUACACUUCCCUGCUGUCUAUAUUUUAUUGUAGCUAGUUGUUUAGAGCUGUCUCUGUGUAGAGUGUGAGGUCCUCGAGGGAAGGGACCUUCUUGGUCUCUUAUCCCCUGCGUACUUUGCAUAGAGAGGCACUUCAUAAAUGUUUAUUGAAUAAAUGCUACAUUCCUAAUGGGUAAGAAUGUGUCAUAUUACUCUUUGUUUUCUUAUGUGUACUGAAACAAAUUGUUUCUUGAGAUUGGCCCUUAGAAUAUUUAUUCAGUUUUCACUGAUUCUCUUGCUGCAGGUUAGCUAACCAUGCAGCAGGUGCUUGAGUUUCACCUUUCUCCAGUCCAGCAGAAUUAUAUUUUGAUGACCUCCAUUUUGAUACUUGUAGACCAGAUCUAAUCCGAAGAUUAAUCUUUAGGAUUUCCAAUUUCCAAGCCUGAUGGGAUCUCCCAGCUGGAACAGGAUCUACAGGUCUUUGAUCUGGAAACUAAGACUAGAGAAGUCUUAAGAGAUGACCGCUCAGAUGGAGAGACCAGAGAAGAGAACAAGCUGUUGAUUCCUAAGCAGAAAAUUUCGGAAGAAGUACAUUCAUGCAAAGUGAGAGUAGGAAGACUCAAACACGAUAUUACCCAAGUUCCUGACAGUAGAGAAGUGUAUAAGUCUGAGGACAGAUUAGAAAGGCUUCAGGAAAUUCUAAGGAAAUUUUUGUACCUGGAGAGAGAGUUUAGGCAAAUAACAAUCAGCAAGGAAACCUUCACCAGUGAGAAGAACAAUGAAUGUAAUGAACCCGAAAAAAGCUUCAGUCUGGACUCUACUAUUGAUGCAGAUCAGAGAGUUCUUAGAAUACAGAAUACCGAUGACAAUGAUAAGUAUGACAUGAGCUUCAACCAGAAUUCAGCCUCUGGUAAACAUGAACACUUAAAUCUAACAGAGGAUUUUCAGAGUAGUGAAUGUAAGGGAAGCUUAAUGGAUCUCUCCCACCUUAAUAAAUGGGAGAGCAUCCCUAACACUGAGAAAUCCUAUAAAUGUGAUGUAUGUGGGAAAAUUUUCCAUCAGAGCUCAGCCCUUACUAGACAUCAGAGAAUCCAUACUAGAGAGAAGCCCUACAAAUGUAAAGAAUGUGAAAAGUCUUUCAGUCAGAGCUCAAGUCUUAGUCGACAUAAAAGAAUACACACUAGAGAAAAACCUUACAAAUGUGAAGCAUCUGAUAAAUCCUGUGAAGCGUCUGAUAAAUCCUGUAGUCCAAGCUCAGGCAUAAUUCAGCACAAGAAAAUUCACACCAGAGCCAAAUCUUACAAAUGUAGCAGUUGUGAAAGAGUCUUCAGUCGUAGUGUCCACCUUACUCAACAUCAGAAAAUUCACAAGGAGAUGCCCUGUAAGUGUACUAUAUGUGGCAGUGACUUCUGCCAUACUUCAUACCUACUUGAACAUCAGAGGGUCCAUCAUGAAGAGAAAGCCUAUGAGUAUGAUGCAUAUGGGUUGGCCUAUAUUAAACAACAAGGAAUUCAUUUCAGAGAAAAGCCCUAUACGUGUAAUGAAUGUGGAAAAGACUUCAGAUUGAAUUCACAUCUUAUUCAGCAUCAAAGAAUUCACACAGGAGAGAAAGCACAUGAAUGUAAUGAAUGUGGAAAAGCUUUCAGUCAAACCUCAUGCCUUAUUCAGCAUCACAAAAUGCAUAGGAAAGAGAAAUCAUAUGAAUGUAAUGAGUAUGAGGGCAGUUUCAGUCAUAGCUCAGAUCUUAUCCUGCAACAAGAAGUCCUCACCAGACAGAAAGCCUUUGAUUGUGAUGUAUGGGAAAAGAACUCCAGUCAGAGAGCACAUCUAGUUCAACAUCAGAGCAUUCAUACCAAAGAGAACUCAUGAAUGUAUAAUGAAGAUGGGAAGAUAUUUAUCAAAUUCAGGCUUCAUUCAGCAUCUGAGAGUUCACACCAGGGAGAAAUCAUUUAUGUACUGCAUGUGGUAAAGCCUUCAGUCAUAGUUCAGCCAUUGCUCAGCAUCAGAUAAUUCACACCAGAGAGAAACCCUCUAAAUGUGACGAAUGAAGAAAAGGUAUUAGUGUUAAACUCUUAAUCGACUCCUGCAAAUCUAUACCAGUGAGAAAUCUUAUAAAUGUAUUGAAUGUGGCAAAUUUUUCAUGCUAUUAGUAUUUUCAUACCUUAGUCACAUUUGGAGAAUUCACAUGGGAAUAAAAUUCCAUUGCUGCAAUGAAUGUGAAAAAGCCAUCAGUCAAAGAAACUACCUUGUUUAGUAUCAAAUUCAUGCCAUGCAAAAAGAUUAUAAAUGUAAUAAGCAUGUAUCUGUGUGAGGAGAUUCAAUCAUAACCCAACGCUCAUUCAACAUCAAAGAAUUUAUACCUAAGAGAACUUAUUUGGGUGUAGUAAAUGGCAAAUCUUUCAACAGGAGUUUAACUAGUCUUUGUCAUAUCAGAAUAUCCAUAGUAGACAAGAAUUUGAUGUAACGCAAAUGGAAAAACUUGACACCACAUUUCAGGCUUUACCCAACAUCGAAAUAAUGGAGAGAAAAUUGUUGAUUAUUUCUUUAUGAAAUUGUUAAUACAUAGUCCCAAUCUUUUUCAUUGCACAAAAAUCUAGGGUUGACUUGGUAAAUGCAGUGACAUUUUCUCAUGGACUUCCUUUAUUUAAUAUAUAUUCUAAGUAGGUACAUUUAUUUUUACUUUUUAAUUAUAAUUUUGAUAUUAAAAAGAACAGAGAUGAGGUCUUGCUUUGUUGCCCAGGCUGGUCUUGAACUCCUGGCCUCAAGCGAUCCUCCCACCUGUCCUCCCAAAAUGCUGGGGUUACAGGCGUGAGUCAUUGUGCUGGGCCUAUUUUAUUUAUAGAACUCAUUUAAGCUGUUUUUAUUUUAAUAUGUCCUAUAAACAUUUUUAUAUUUUUUGAAAUUGGUUCUUAGUGUUCACAACUUCCAUAAGAUACUGCUAAUGCACCAGUAUUAAAACACAUCGACGUAAGUAGCUCAUUUAGCUUUUUCUGCUGUUCUUGGCCCAAGUUCUUUCCAAAACCAACUCUUAGGCCUGCUCUUUACUAGGGAUCCUAUGUCGUAUUGCUUUAUAGCCACAACACUUGGAUUCCUGUUGAUUAACUUCUCCAUUCUCUUAAGCACCUUUAGAAGAUUUAGAAGUUUCCUAGUUUUAAGCGUUUUACCAGCAAGUAUUCCAUACCUACUUGAUGUUGCUGGUCUGGUGUCUUAUUUCCUAAAGUGAAGCAUCUUUUUUUAAAAAAAUUUGAUUGAAAAUAUAUAGUCCAAUAUAAGUAUGAAGGAUUCUCUCUCCUGAGAUUGUAGCAGGCAGCCAAACAUUUUCAAAUGAUGCCCAAGGUUUUAGCUGUCUUGUGUGCAUCCACAGUCUGCAAAGAAGACAGAUGAUAAGGACAUCAGGGAGCCAACAGGACUCCUGAUAGCCUCACUACAUUCAUCCAGUGCCUAUUCUGCAUGCCUAAGCUUAGAGUUCUUUUAUAUACCUCUAAGGCCAGCAAAAUGCUCAGGUCUGCUUUUGGUAGGGUAAACAUAAAGAAGAUACACAGGCCGGGCGCGGUGGCUCACACCUGUAAUCCCAGCACUUUGGGAGGCCGAGGCAGGUGGAUCACGAGGUCAGGCAAUCAAGACCAUCCUGGCCAACAUGGUGAAACCCCGUCUCUACUAAAAAUACAAAAAUUAGCCGGGCGUGGUGGCGCGCGCCUGUAAUCCCAGCUACUCAGGAGGCUGAGGCAGGAGAACUACUGCUUGAACCUGGGAGGCGGAGGUUGCAGUGAGCCGAGAUCGCACCACUGCACUCCAGGGUGACAGAGCGGGAGUCUCUCUCAAAAAAAAAAAAACAAAAAAAACCACACACACACACACACACACACCAGCAUCAUAAGGGAAUGCAGACACACACACACACACACACACACACACACACACACCAGCAUCAUAAGGGAAUGCAGCCUUCCAAGAGAGAUGAUGCUGUUCUUAUGUUAAUCUCAGAGACAGUAUUUCAAGAGAGUGGCAGGUCUGUUCCUGGUAAAAUUUUAACCAUUAGGAUUGCAGAUAAAUGUUUGGAAUCUGCUCCUCCCUCAUCAAUCCAGGACAGUAUUUGAAGUGUGAGGGCUUUGUGUAUAGUUGUUUAUCCAUUACCACAUUUUUGUAUUUUAAUAGUCUACAGGCUAUAUAAAAGAACAUGGCUUUUUGACUGAUAAAAGUGAUUACAGAUGGUGGCUCAAGUUCAGGGCCACCAUCAUAUACCUAACAAGAGUUCAUGAUUCUUUAGGUAAUGUCAAAACAUUUUGUAUUUUUCCAUCUUAAGCUUUAUAACAUUUUGUGAGUAAGACAAAUGUUAUUUAAAAUUCUUGUCAGUCCAGCAAUUGAGGCUUUCAUAGUUCAGUGUUAUAAUAUUCAGUAGGGACCCUCAACAAAUAUAUAAAAAUAUAUUGCUCACUCUAUAAUCCUCUUAUGGCUAACCUCUAGGAUAGUUCUGCCACUAUAUUUUACUUCUUUGCCAUCAGCAAGAGUAGGAUCUCAUCAAGGCAAGGUAGGAAUCUAAAUGAAAUUGAUAUAUAAAUGAAUUGAUCUAAAUGUAAAAGCAAAUGAAAAAUGCAUGUGUUUUUUCCUAUCAAACAUGUAUACCCUUAUGUAUAGAGACCAGUAGUCACGUGUGGUGACUGAAACAGGAUUAUGUAAUCCCUAAAAAGCAGAAUAUGUAAAAAUCACAUGUAUGCGUUUGGUUUAGGAAUGUGCUUUUGUACUUCCACUUGAAUAAAGAUGUGUUUGGUAUUCUGAGAA